UUUGUGCGUGGGCCUUGGAACGGAUGUGCAACAUUCAGACGUAUUGGGGGGCUCGGUGUGGAAUAAAGAUGAGCGGGGACUUAGACGGUAAUAAAGAGUUCCAUGAACAGCUUCGUUUGCAGCAGCUGUAUGGCCAGAGGGAACAGAGUGGAGAUGAUCCAUACACAUUUGUCGACCCAGAGGAUGGCACUGGGUAUGACUGGGACCAUGAAAAGAGGGCAUGGUUUCCAAAGAUAAAUGAUGACUUCAUUGCAGCAUAUCAAGCAAACUAUGGCUUUAAUGAGGAUGGGGAACCUGAUCCAACUGCUGCAGCUCCUUCUGCUGACUCUCUCCCUGCACAGCCAGAGGAGCUCAAGAAACCUGAGGAGAGCUCUGACCAAGACACAGCUAAAGAGGGCUCGCAGAAAGGAGAGAAAAGGAAAGCAGAUCCAGGCUGGUUUGAAGUGGAAGGGGAUAAAAACACAAAUGUUUAUGUGACAGGUCUUCCUCCUGACAUAACUCCUGAUGAGUUUGUGGAAGUUAUGUCCAAAUGCGGAAUUGUCAUGCGUGAUCCGAUCACAGAGGAAUAUAAAAUUAAACUCUACAAGGACAAGGAUGGGAACCAAAAAGGAGAUGGACUUUGCUGCUACCUCAAGAAAGAGUCUGUAGCCCUCGCUGAGCGCCUGUUGGAUGAGAAUGAAAUUCGGGGCUACCGACUACACGUGGAGGCAGCGCGAUUUGAACUCAAAGGUUCAUAUGACGCCAGCAAGAAGAAGAAAAAGAGCAAAGAGUAUCGCAAGAAGCUCCAGCAACAACAAAAACAGCUGGACUGGAGGCCAGAGAAGGUCAAGGAGGUUCGCAAAAGGCAUCAAAAAGUUGUCAUCGUCCAAAACAUGUUUCAUCCCAGUGACUUUGAGGAGGAUCCACUUGUGCUGAAUGAGUACAGAGAUGACCUGCGGACAGAGUGUGAGAAAUUCGGGCAGGUGAAGAAGGUCAUCAUCUUUGAUAGGCACCCUGAUGGAGUGGCAUCCAUGGCUUUUAAGGAACCUGAAGAAGCAGAUAUGUGUCAGGCAGCUCUGAAUGGACGCUGGUUUGGAGGGAGGCAGCUAUCAGCACAACUGUGGGAUGGUGUAACUGACUACCAGGUUGAAGAAACAUCACGAGAACGAGAGGAGAGACUGAAGGGCUGGACCACUUUCCUGGUUGAUGGGGGUGCAUCUGAUAAAGCCACAGCAGAAACACAGGAUGAAAAACAAAAUUCUACUAAAGAAGAGGAAGCAGCUGAACAGACCCAGCAGGAGGAGCACAGAGGAGAAAACACAGCAGAACGAGUGAUGGGGAAAGAUGAAAAGGAGGAGGAGGAGGAGGAGGAGGUGGUGGUGGUGGAGGAAGGAGGAGGAGGAAUGGUGUCAACCGACAGUAGUUUAGCAGGAAGUGAAGAUGAGGAUGCAUAGACAUAGGAAUGAACAGAAAUUGUAUCAUGUCCCUUAUAAACAUGUUAACACUCAAUGCUAAUUUACUGUUUCCCCUUUUACUGUGUCCUAUUCUGAAGACCUGCCUGUGUAUUUCACCUUAUCAAACUGUGGUGCUUUGGCUAGAAGGACAUUGAUGGAAAUUUGACUGUAAAUAGUCAUUUGCAUUGACUUUUCUCACUUUCCUUCAUGCUAAUGUCCCUCAAUGUCUGAAUCAGAUUGAGCCUCUGUUAAUAUUUUUAUAAUUAAAAAAAAGGUUCUGA